AUGUCUAAAACGUCCAAGGAUGCUCUUCUAUCCGACUUCUGCUCCAUCACAGGCGCAUCUCAGAAAGAUGCAAAGCGGUAUCUUGACAAGCACCAGAGACGGCUUGACGCGGCAAUUGACGCUUAUUAUCAAGAGGGCGGAGAUCCCAAUGGAGAUGAAAUUUCAAUAGACGGAACGAUUCAGCUGUGUCAGGAUCUUAAAGUAGAUCCAGAGAAUGUCGUUCUACUCGCGGUAGCUUACGAACUGAAAUCUCCGAGAGUCGGAGAGUGGAACAAGAAAGGUUGGGUAGAAGGAUGGUCACGACUCGGGUGUGAUACAGUUGACGGCAUGAAGGAUACUCUGACGCGGCUGCGUGCAAAGUUGGGAUCUGACUCCACCUAUUUCCACAAGGUAUACGAUCACACGUUCAGUUUUGCUCGGACGGAAGGGCAGCGGAGUCUCGCGAUCGACACAGCACUGGCUUUCUGGAAUCUAUUACUUCCAACAGGUCUGACAGGCGGUGAAGAUAUAGAUAUGGACGGCGAGGGAAGUUUCGGAUGGACAGAUGAGCACACGCAAUGGUGGUUCCAGUUUUUGACGGAGAAAGGGGGUAAGGGUGUGAGCAAAGACACGUGGAUGAUGCUGUUCGAUUUCAUCCGCUCCAUUGAUUCCCAAUUUUUGACACACGAUGCCGAGGGUGGGAAUGCUGCAUGGCCGUCAGCGAUAGACGAUUUCGUGGCUUGGGCAAGGGCAACAGGGAAAGUCCCGACCCCAGAAACGACAUGA